AUGGUAACUUCAGUUAUAAUAGGCAUCGGUAAAUUGAAAUACUUUGUUUUUCUUCAACUUUCAAAUUGUUAUUUAUCUUCAAAAUACCAUCUUGUAGAUUUCGGAACGUCUUCAAGCACCUUUGCGUACUCCCACAAAUCAGAUAACGGUUCUUCGGAAAUAGUUACAAAUGAUAUAUGGCCACAAGAAGGUCAACAUGGCGUAUUUAAAACCAAUACAGUUCUUCUUUAUAAUACACAAACUUGGAAAGUCGUAGGAUGGGGCUCAAGUGCAAUAACGCGUCAGGAGAAAAAGAAAAAGAAAAAUAAUUUUCUAACCGACAACGGAUUAGAUCCGACGAUUCCUGUAUCUCUAUUUAAAUUACAUUUUGGAAACAUAAGAGAGCAAGAUAAACCGAUCCUUCCUCAAGGUCUAGAUUAUAGACGGUGCGUGAUUGAUUAUUUAGCAGAAAUGACAAAGUUAAUUAAAAACACGAUAGCAACAAGAUGGCCAGGAAUAAAUUUUUAUAGAAAUGUGUUGAUCGUCUUAACGGUUCCGUCUGAUUUUUCGGAAGCGGCGAAAGCGACUAUGCGCGAAUGUGCGUGGCGCGCUGGAUUGCUGGAAUUCGCUAAUUCACCCAACUUGGAAUUUACGACUGAACCUGAGGCUGCUGCCGUACAUUGCAUAACUUCACUUGGACGAUUAGGAUUAAAAGCAAAAGCCAAUUUUAUGAUAGUGGAUUGUGGAGGUGGAGCAGUAGAAUUGACAAUGCGAAGAUUAAUAACUCAUAAUCAAAUUAGUGAAAUAACCGAAAGAACUGGAGAUUAUUGUGGAAGUACUUUUGUUGAUAAAGAAUUUUUAAGCUUCCUUUAUCAAAAAUAUAAUUUAUAUCAACCCAUACAACAGCUUUAUUAUCAUCACAAUGAUCAAUUUCAAUAUUUAUUACGAGAAUUUUGUAGCAAGGUAAAAUUAUCAUUUACGGGAAAUCCUUCAGAUUUUCAAAAUGCUUAUAUAGAUUUAGAAGAUGCUUGUCCAAAUUUAAUUUAUUAUGUUAAUGACGAAAUGACAAGGCAAAGAAUGGAACUAGAAGAAUGGAUAAUUGAAUUAGAUUUUGUAAAUGUUAAAAAAAUGUUUGAUCGUGUUAUACAACGGAUUAAUUGGUUAAUUGGAAAUCAAUUGAAUUCUUUUAGACAACAAUGUUCGGCUAUUUUUCUGGUCGGAGGUUUCAGUGAAUCUCUUUAUCUAGUAAGAAGUGUUAAACACGCUUUUAGUCAACAAGUUCCUAUAAUUGAGGUUCCUUCUCAGCCUAUAACCGCCGUCGUUAGAGGUGCUGUAAAGUACGGAUUAAAUAUGAGAACCAUACAAACGAGAAUUUUACGUUACACUUAUGGCGUACAAGUUUUAAAGAAAUGGAAAAAAGGAGAAGAUCCUCAAAGAAAGUUACCGAAUGGUUUAAUGUUAGCGUUUCAUUUGUUGGCAAAGAGAGGAACUGAAGUUAAAGUCAAUCAAACCUUUGGUUAUAUGGCUAAACCAACUAAUUCUAAUCAAGUUGAUAUGAGAUUCAAUAUCUAUGUUACGACAAAUUUUGAUGCUAAAUAUUGUGAUGAACCUGGUACAAAGCUUUUAGGUACCCUUAAAGUAGAUUUACCUGACAAACAAUUUUGUAGCAAGAGAAAAGUAGAGUUUGAUCUCACAUUUGGCACGAUGGAAAUUAAGGCAACCGCCAGAAAUAAAAAAUCUGGACUCGUUUAUCAAACCACACUUAAUCUUGAUUUUUAA